CUGCCGAGCGCCAGCAUCACUAUUCUAGUUCGCACUAGGACCAAGAGCGAUGGGCGGCGGCGGCGCGACCGGUCCUCCUUCGCCGCCGGCACCGGGCGAGGCCGCCAAGCCGUUCCAGGUGGACCGGGCGCUUGAGGCGCUGGGCUUCGAGUUCACCCGGGUCACCGCGGGGGAGGUCGCCGGCCGUCUCCCCGUCACCGAGACCUGCUGCCAGCCCUUCGACUGGCUCAACGGCGGCGUGUCGGCGCUCAUGGCGGAGGUCACGGCGAGCAUCGGCUGCUACGUCGCCUCGGGCUACCGGAGGCUGGCCGGCGUGCAGCUCUCCAUCAACCACGUCGGCCCCGCGCGGCUCGGCGACCUCGUCCAGGCCACGGCCACACCCAUCCAGCUCGGCCGCAAAAUCCAGGUUUGGGAAGUCCAGAUAUGGCGAAUAGAUCCUUCCACCUCAGAGCGCAAAGAUCUGGUCUCAACAGCAAGGGUUACCUUAUUAGCCAACCUAGCGACAUCUCAAGUGAUGAAGAAAUAUGAAGAAGGCCUCAAGAAUUUCUCAUCUAAAUUGUAAAGGCAUGCUGGUUACAUAUUCACACAUAAGCAUGGAACAGAAAGUUUCAGUAAAAGUUUCAGGUUCAGGGCACAAUUUGCUACUUGUAUGGCAGCAUAUUUGCCAAACAGAAGCUACUGGGUACUGCAACAGCCAACAGGCUUUUUUUUUGGAAGGAACAGCCAACAGUUUCUUGAAGCAACAGCCAACAGGCUUAUGAUGUUCAUGUUUAUGGUACUGUGAGAAGCAUGUAUCAUUUGAUCAAGAAUUUUAGGAGAAUAAUAAGCUCAGGACUGCCAUCUCACUUGGAGAAUAGUUCAUGUAUCCCCAUAUUUUGGCCAUCCAGUCCGAGAACUUGUCUUAGGACUAGCCUCGUUCCCAAAUCUACUUAUUGUGAUCCUCUUCCUGCAUUGGCAAAAGGAGAAACAAUGUAAACACCAUUCUGCAGCUAAAUUUUGGAGAGCUUAUGAAAUGAAUUACCUAAGGUUGUUUAGUUGGCUA